AUGGCGUACAAGAUGAAAGGCGUAUUCAAGAGCCUCAAGGUCAUCUCUCAGAUCUUCGUGGUCAAGGAGCAUCAGAUGGAGAUAGGUUAUCCGACUGACGUAAAACAUGUCGCACACAUCGGCUGGGACAGCCCAACGGGGAGUGCAGCUUCUCCUAGCUGGAUGAAUGACAUGAAGGGGUCACCGGAUUUCUCGUCGGUGAGCAAUAUCGGACCGUCUGCAGGAACCUCCUGGGCUUCUCAAGAUUUUGAUGAACCUCGAGACAUGUCACCCUUCGGUAUAUUUCCAGAAAAUACCGGUCAAGUAGCAACACCGUACCCUGACCUACAAAAGCCACCUAGGAAGUCGAGAAGGAAGAAAUCCAAGAACGAUUUGCCGAGGGCGUCCGCGAGAUCCUCAAGGUCAUCAAGAUCAAGGUCCAAGAGCUCAUUUUCAUCUACCGCUGACACUAUUGGCAUUAAUGACAUGCAACCUGAAAUCCAAAUUGUAUAG